GGUCAAAUAGUUCUGUUUGCUUCUCUAAGAGGCGACAGUCAGAAAACACUGCUCAUCCUCUACCAACUGAAGCUAUUUUACACUCAGGAGUCGUUCUUACUUGCAAGCGUUUACUGGAGUGGCAUGCUUUAUAGGAUCAGAUUCAGUAUGGUUUUUAUAUGGGAACAAGCCUCAUCUCUGCAUGUGUGAUAAGUUAUAGAUACUGAUCAGUUCAGACAUGGAAGAUUUAAGAAAAAGCCCAAUGGAUCUCAAGCACAAAGAUCAACCAAUGAAGACUGAAUUUGGCCCUCGAUGUGUAGUUUUCACUUAUUACCAUGGGGACAUUAACACUGUGGUAGAUGAACAUUUUUCUAGAGCUCUAAGCAAUACAAAAGACCCUCAGGAUUUAAGCAUCAAAACUAGGAAUGACGAAAUGCUACAAAAGAAUGUAAAUAAUAUUGCGGCAGAUGAGAUGAACUGUACAUCACAAUGGACAAAGCCCUAUCAAACAACCAAUCCCCUUGGCAUGACAUCAUCUGUCUUGACACAGCUGACUUCACCCCAAGACCAUUAUCCAACGUCAGUUUUCCCCCCACACCAUAAUCAACCUACAGAUUUAUGGCACUUUCAUCAUAUUGGAACUCAGAAUCCCAUUGGUUCUGUAUACCACCCUCAUUCUAUGCCUGAGUACCAAAUGAUCCCAGGAGCAGGCCCUGAUGGGAAAUGUGGCUCGCUUCUUAGUCUUCUACACACUGACAGAUAUCAAGUACCUCUCCAGGAGUCAAUGAUAAAACAAGAGCACCUGUCGCCAACAGCAACAGGACACCAUGGAACAGAAAAUGUGAAUCAAAGGAUGAAUUUACAAGGAGGUCUACAUCCUCAAGAAAGAAGUAAAGAUUUUUUUCAUCCACAAGAUAGAAGGAAAGAUUUAUUCUUUUAUUAAGUAUAUGCUGGACAUUCUGUAAUAUAUAAUAUGUCUUUCAUAAAGUCUGUAUAUUAAUGAUGGAUUCCCAUAAAGGACUAAAACAGAAUAACAGAAAUAAGUGUCAUAGCUAGAAACUGGAAAUCUCUGUCCCUAAAAUUUCUAGUCUAGUUUAAUUAUUUAUGAAGUAUUUGUUAUAUCCAUGAAAGUUAUGCCUUGUAUUUGAAUAGUUAUCUUUAAUUAAUCAAAAUGGGAGUGGCUUAGUGAUUAACUAUGAAUAAUGAAGUAGAGCUUUUGGUAUUUAGGACAGGACAUGAUAUCAAAGCUCAAGUAUGUGUUUAAUCCCUUUUUUUAUAUGGUUGUGUCAGAGUAUGCCAAGA